AUGCCUCAAGGCCUCCACUGUCCACUCCUCACGUACAACCAUACCAUACCAUGCUGUUCGUUGCUCUGUACGUAGCUCUUCUCCAACUACGUAACGUAACUAGUACGUGUACGUCCAGCACUUGGAUUGGAAUAUUGGAUGGCUCCCCUGCGAGCGGGAGCGGCGCCAAUGGCGGCGGCCGCCGCCACGGUCGUGCUGGCCGCCAUACUAGUCGCGCUGUUCGGCUGCUGUGCCGCUGCCGCGUCCGCCGCCGCCGCCACCGACGUGAUCACGGCCGCGGCAGAGCUGGACCGCAUCGACAGGCUGCCGGGCCAGCCCCCAGUCAACUUCUCUAUGUACUCCGGCUACGUCACCGUCGACGCCGCCGCGGGUCGGGCGCUCUUCUACUGGCUCAUGGUGGCCUCCGGCGUGCCGGCGGGCUCCGCGCCGCUCGUGCUCUGGCUCAACGGCGGGCCCGGGUGCUCCUCUCUUGGCUACGGCGCUAUGGAGGAGCUCGGCGCCUUCCGCGUCAACCCCGACGGCGCCACGCUCUCCUUGAAUCCCUACGCCUGGAACAAUGUGGCGAAUGUGCUGUUCUUGGACUCGCCGGCCGGCGUUGGCUACUCCUACACCAACACCACCGACGACCUGUACGCUGCUGGUGACAACAAGACAGCUCAUGACUCAUAUGCUUUCUUGAUAAAUUGGUUGGAACGGUUCCCACAGUACAAGCAUCGUGAUUUCUACAUCACUGGAGAGAGCUAUGGAGGCCACUAUGUCCCUCAAUUGUCUUGGUUAGUGUACCAAAACAACAAAGGAAUUAAGAAUCCAACCUUAAACUUCAAAGGCUUCAUGGUUGGAAAUGCGGUAAUUGACGAUUACCAUGACUACAUGGGCACAUUUGAGUAUUGGUGGACACAUGGGCUUAUCUCCGAUGAAACUUAUGCAAAGUUGUGGGAGGAUUGUAAAAAUGAUGUGUCUGAGAACCCCUCCGAGGAAUGCCAAAAGAUUUAUGAGGUUGCUGAGGCUGAGCAAGGGAAUAUUGAUUUGUAUAGCAUCUACACACCUACUUGUAAGAAGACUUCAUUGCAAAAGCGCAGACUAAUAAGGGGAAGAAUGCCCUGGCUGCCGAGAGGAUACGAUCCUUGCACCGAGCUGUACAUCACGAAGUACUGCAACUUGCCCGAGGUGCAGGACGCCUUCCAUGCCAAUGUUACUGGAAUACCAUACGCCUGGGUGGGCUGCAGUGACCCAAUAUAUGAGUACUGGAAGGAUUCGCCGAGGUCCAUGCUUCCGAUCUACCGUGAACUCAUCUCGGCAGGCCUAAGGAUAUGGGUCUUCAGCGGCGACACCGACUCCGUCGUGCCCCUCACGGCGACGAGGUACUCCAUCGACGCGCUGUCUCUGCCAACGAUCACCAAGUGGUACCCUUGGUACUACGACGAAGAGGUUGGUGGAUGGUGCCAGGUGUACGAGGGCCUGACGCUGGUGACGGUCCGAGGCGCGGGGCACGAGGUCCCCCUCCACCGUCCGCCGCAGGGCCUCAAGCUGUUCGAGCACUUCCUGCGGGGCGAGCCCAUGCCCAAGCCUGUCGAGAGCGUCCAGUCGUUCUAGAUGAGCUUGCUGCCGCGCUUGGCUAGUUGGCUUUGAUGAAUAGUAAGGCCGGACAUGUGGCAAGCCAUCUCCACUCCACAUUUCUUCACCACGUUUUCAAUAACUGGCGCUGGCCGAAAUAAUAAGAGCAGAACGAAUAAAAUGCCGCUCGCUAGAAUGAUCUGGCUGUGCGUGUUUGCUUUCGAGUUAUUUUUAUAUACCA